CUGCUGUUUGACUGACAGUCAGAGGUCCUGAUGUCAGGUCAGUGGGGCGUGCUGACACACUGUAUUUAGGAUUCCCUGUAAGCAGGAGGUAAUUCGCUGUAAUUUCCAGAGCGGAAAAGAACAGCGGGGAGUGACGUCAGUGGUAAUUGGACGGGACACCCUCCUCCUCGCCCUGUCCUGCACGCUGAGCUGAGCCCAGUGUCAGUGUGUGUUUGUGCAGGGAAGCGGUGACAGAUCUCUGCUCAAGCUCCGGCGCUGCAGCGGCAUCAUGGGAAACACCUCCGGCAUGUCAGUGAAGGAGCUGAGCGCAUGUCACUCCCAUCAGUGGUACCGCAAGUUCAUGACCGAGUGUCCGUCCGGUCAGCUCACCUUCUACGAGUUCAAGAAGUUCUUCGGCCUGAAGAAUCUGUCAGAAACAUCCAACGAGUACGUCAAGACCAUGUUCAAGACCUUCGACAUUAACGACGACGGCUGCAUUGAUUUCAUGGAGUACGUGGCGGCUCUGAGUUUGGUUCUGAAGGGUGGAGUUCAGCAGAAACUGCGCUGGUACUUUAAACUGUUUGACGUGGACGGCAGUGGCUGCAUCGACCGCGAGGAGCUGCUGCUCAUCUUCAAGGCCAUUGAAGCCAUUAACGGAGUAGAGCAGGAGUUUUCUGCUGAGGAAUUGACCGACAUGGUGUUCAACAAGAUUGAUGUUAAUGGAGACGGCGAGCUGUCUCUGGAUGAGUUUAUCGAGGGCAUCCAGGCGGACGAGGUUCUGUCGGUGAUGCUGACCCAGAGUCUGGAUCUGACUCAUAUCGUCAGUAAUAUCUACACAGACAUGGGCUCAACUGACCCCAGACCAGCCUGAGAUCAGGUGCCAAACCAGAGGAAGAUGAGGAGCGUUUCUCAACUAAUUCAGCUUUAAACCCUAACAGUGUUAAUAGUGUUCAUCUGCAUUUCAGCAGCCACACAAUCACUGAGACUAGAGCAAACGCUUUGUUUAAGUGCACUUAUGCAGGGUUCAUUUGUGACGUUAAAUCUGUAAAAUGCAAUGUUGCUUCAGCCCUGUGAUGUACAUCAGGCAAAUAAUCUGUCCUGUAAGAACUCCAUCUUAAUAUGACUCAGUAUUAUUAUUAUAGAUAUGAAGUGUUAGUGUGCAUUUGUAAUGUUCCUGUAAUUUUACACUUCCCCAUUUCAAAAUAAAACAUGAAAUGUG